GAUGCAUUCCUAAGAAGAAGUCGAUAGAGAGAGUUUUCAACCAUCAUCAGGCGAAGUUUGCCUCUCCUGGGUAGGCAUACAGUUUGCUUUUAUCACUUCUGUUGGAUGUCAUUUUUACUCAUUCAUACCACGCAAAUACCUCGUGUGUGUUUACAAAGUACGGGUGUCGUCAGCUGCUCGCGUGAUUGCUUUUGCGGUGUUUGGAAGUGGAAGUUUUUCACAGUUUUGCUCCGAAGAGUUUCGAUGUAGAAAAUCCCGGCAAACAUGGACACGGAAGAUUUGUACUGGGUCUCGUUUACGCUGGUAACCGUGGUGGGAUAUUAUACGUUCAAAUUGCUCACACGAUACAGGAGCUUCUUUAAAGCCAGGGGAGUUGCCUACGAGAAGCCGCACUUCAUCUAUGGCAACCUGCUAGAAGUAAACAGCGGAAAGCUGUCCUCGCUGGAACUGAUCGCAGAUUUCUAUCAGAAGUUUAAAAAUGAAAGGGUCUUCGGUUUCUUCAACUAUCUCACCCCGGUGUACUACAUUCGCGAUCCGGAGCUGGUACGCAAGUUGUGGGUUCACGAGUUUGAUUCGUUCUCAAAUCAUGCGUACUUUCUCGAUGAAAGCAAGGACCCCAUUCUGGGUAAUCAGCUGCACCUGAUGAAGGAUGAAAAGUGGCGACAGAUGAGACACACUUUGAGGCCGGUUUUUGCCGGUCAGAGUGUUGCUUUGAUGAGCUCGCUGAUUCGAACCAAUUCGCUGGAUCUGGUCGACUAUCUGAAGGCUUCCGUCGAUUCAGAGCUGGAAUUCAAGGGUGUCUUCCAGAAGUAUACAUUCAAUGUGAUUGCCAGCUGUGCCUUCGGGUUGGAACUGAACACCUUCAAAGACGAAUCGGAUAAAUUUUGCACAUACGGAAGUGCUCUGGUGACUGGAACCAAUCCCGUUCAAACUAUGAAGACCAUAUUUUUCUAUCUUUUCCCGAAGCUGAUGACCCGGAUGAAGGUUCGUUUGAUGGAAGAGGAGCAUGCCACCUAUUUCAUGGAUCUGGUCCAAUCCACCAUGAGCGAUAGGGUAAAGAAGAACCUGAGUCGUCCGGAUAUGAUUCAAAUGUUGCAUCAAGCCAACAAGGGAGAACUGAAAGCCGAAGACGAAGUGGACGAGUUUCUGCAGAUGAAGGAUUUCUCCAAGCGCAAAUGGGACGAGGAGGAACUGGUAGCGCAAUGCGUUGCAUUUUUCGGAACCGGCUUUGAAGGCUUGGUGAAUCUAUUUUCAUUCGCUGCUUAUGAGCUGGCCGCAAACCCGGAAGUCCAGCAGAAGUUGCUGGAGGAAAUUGAAAACUCACUCGAAGAUAGUCCCGUCGUCUAUCAUACUGUGGUGAAACUGCCGUACCUGGAGAUGGUGGUCAGCGAAACGCUCCGGAAGUGGCCGGCUGUCCCAUCGUCCGAUAGAGAGUGCUCGCAGGACUUCCUGCUGGAUGAUGAAGGGUUGAGAGUACAAUUUAAAAAAGGCGACACUCUGUGGGUUUCAAUCUGGGCGCUGCAUCGCGAUGAAAACUACUUCCCGGACCCGGAGUUGUUCGAUCCGGAACGGUUCAGUGUGGCCAAUAAGGGGAAUAUUACACCGUACACUUACAUGCCCUACGGAGCAGGGCCAAGGAACUGUAUUGGCAUGCGAUUGGUUUCACUGGCUAUAAAGAUAACACUUGUGGACUUGGUCAAAAACUUUAAGCUCGCAUUGGGCACCCGGAUGGUUCAGCCGUUACGUUUGUCCAAGACUUCUUAUUCCAUGGAACCAGAAGGCGGAUUCUGGCUGCAGAUGACUCCACGAUGAUGGUUUCAUUAUAUAGUUGAUAGUUUGAUAAAUUGUAGAUGAUUUAGGUUAUGUAGUUGAAUAGUGAAAGGCG